AAAAUUUCAAAAUAAAAGUUCAUUUAUAACUGCGCUAUCAAAAUUAUAUAUAAAAAAAGUGAGCGAUCGGAGGAUCGAAUUCUUAGGAGGAAAUCGUCAAAAUUCUGAGUAAUCAAUCUGGAAAUCUGAUCCUUGACCUCUCUAGUAUGCACUAUGCAGAGAUUAAGGGCCUCAGGAACUUCGAUUGUAAGCUCGAUUUCAGCUGCUAGGUUGAAGAGGAAGGCAGUAAAUUCAUGGACCGCCGUUCAGGAUACUUUCUAUUCUACCAAGGAUGUAUUCGAAAGGCACAAGGUGGUUUUUACAGUCGGGACUUCUGUUGCAUCAGUCGCAACCGCCUGGAUUGGGUACACUUUACGGCAUUAUCAUGACAUCCGAGUUGACAGAAGACUUGAAUCUAUUGAGGAAGCUAUGAGAACAAGGCGUCAACUUGAGCAUUCUGAACUUACAAAGGCUGUUAAUGUAGGAAAGAUCAGCGUGCCUGCUUGCUUUGCUACUGCUGGAACUUGUUUGAUUAUUGGAUACUGUUUGGGAUGGCGAGGUGGAAAACAGUAUGCAAACAAGCAGUUUAGAAGAGAGCAGAUGAAGUUGUUGGGGGAGAUUAAACCUAGAUGGCCAUUGCUCAUGAGGGUGAUUACAACCGAUGGGUUUAUUCUCAGCAUGCAGAGGAUUCCAUCAAGGAGGACGAAUUCAGCCAAUGGGCCGCCAGUUCUUCUACAGCACGGCCUUCUAAUGGAUGCUGCGACAUGGUUGAUGCUUCCUCCGGAAAGUUCUCUGGCAUUUGUUUUGGCGGAUAAAGGGUUUGAUGUGUGGCUUGCAAACACUCGUGGAACUAAAUUUAGCCAAGGACACUCGUCACUUGGCCCUGAUGAUCCUGGAUUCUGGGACUGGUCAUGGGAUGAAUUGGUGGCUUUUGAUCUUCCUGCCACACUCCAGUAUGUUCAUGAUCAUACUGGGCAGAAGAUGCACUAUGUUGGACACUCAUUGGGAACACUGACUGCCCUUGCUGCAUUUUCCAAACACCAAUUGCUGGACAUGCUGAGAUCAGCUGCUUUAAUUAGCCCAAUUGCCCAUUUGGGUAAAGUAACCUCGCCAAUUGCAAGAAAUGCUGCAGAUAACUUUCUUGGUGAGGUUUUGUUCUGGUUGGGUGUCAAAGAGUUUGAUCCAAGAGGGAAGGCUGGGAUUCAACUUCUCGUCGAAGUCUGUGCAAAACCAGGCGUUGAUUGUGUCAAUUUAUUGACUUCUUUCACAGGCCAGAACUGCUGUCUCAAUCCCUCUGUCUCACAAAUUUUCCUAACCCAUGAGCCUCAACCAACGGCAACAAAGAACAUGAUUCAUCUGUCUCAAAUGAUCAGAAGUGGAACCAUAUCAAUGUACGAUUACGUUGACGUAAUUCAAAACAUUAAACACUAUGGGCAACCAACUCCUCCAGAGUACAAUAUGGCAAGCAUUCCUACUGACUUUCCUCUCUUUCUUACCUAUGGAGGGGCUGAUGCCUUGUCUGAUGUCAAUGAUGUUCAACUCUUGUUGGAUAACCUCAAAGAUCACGACGGAGAUAAGCUUGUAGUUCAGUUUAGAGAAGACUAUGCUCAUGCUGAUUUUGUUAUGGGCGAAAAUGCUAAGCAAGCUGUGUAUGAUCCUCUUAUCGCUUUCUUUAAUCUUCAAUGAAGAAUUAAUGUUAUGUGAAUAUCAUGUCUAUAUUCAAAUAUUUAACUGCAUUUAAUCGUUGGUGUCGAUGAACUUGUAGAACGAUAGUAGGAAAUAUUGCAAUGGUCAACCGAGGAUACAGGUGGUUCUUACAUUGUUUGUAACUUAUGUAACUAUAAAAAGAAUGAUUGAAAAGGGAAAGAAACUCUUAUACCAAGAUUUUGUGAAUGAAUUUUUGCUCUUAAUGUUAACCUUUAUACCUUUAUCCAUCCACACAUCUUUAUGUUCAGCCUUGAUUUUCAACUUUGAGAUUUGGUUGUACUGUCAGUAUGCUGGGGAUGGGAGCUCCUCAUUCAUAGACAGAGAAUGACAGUGGCCCUUUACAGCUCUCUCACGUAUUAACCGACAACGUCGUUUCCUUCAUUAUCAUUUGUCACAAGAGUGAAGCAACCAGAAUGGAUAGCAAAAUGGCAACAUUAAACAAGAUUUCUUCUAAACUGUAUCUAUAUUGUAGGAAAUACAAGAGUUAAAACAGCAGCAUCAUUCAUAUUCACGAGGAAACUGACCUCUAUCUCUCAAAGAUAGAUGUUUGGCCUGAGGCUGAAGUGACUCUGAGCUGCAACAUGAGCUGCUACUAGAGGAUCGCGGUCGACAUCAUUGUUAACUGCACUGUAACACUUUUUCUUUUUCGAUGGCAGAAAGAGUUCUUCACAGAAAAUGACACAUGGAGGUGAAGUCGAAGUCUUGAGUUUGUGUUUCUUAGCGUGCGUGGACACCACCAUUUUCCUCAGCUUUCUGAAACAUUUCACAAGCUUCUUCAUCCUCAUCAAGUUGGUUAGUUGGCUUGUCUGGUUGAAACUCUGAUAUAUUUUGAGUGCUACUCACCGAAUCACAUAUAAUGUAUGGUGCUGUUUCUUUGUUUAUUUGAUGGAAGUCUCAAGUGUGCUUUUAUGUAUGUCUAUAGGUUGUUACUUCAUGCAUGAAUGAGAAAGCAACUAAUAGGUUUGUCC